CGUAAAACACACCUUAUUGUAGACACACACGCUUAGGGGUAGACAUCAUGACUAAAGGACCAAAGGAAAGAAAAUAAAUGCAACACCAAUGAAGCAUGACUCUGCAGCACAUGAUCCUUCGUUUGCUUUAAUCAGUUUUAUCCUGCAUGAUCCCCAUAAUGUUUCACCGACGUAGGCUCAGGGAUAUUAUGAUCCUAGCAAAAGUGUGUGAGGGCGUUGCUUGUUGGAUUAUAGCGAACCACUCUGGUUACGAUCCUUCAUUAUUUCUUUUGAUUUUUGCUUCAAAGUCACCAUGGGGGGAGGGGGUGGUGUAUGUGGAGAUUUUUAAUAUAAAGUCUCUCCUUCACUCUUUGUUUCUUUUUCAGCUUCCUGUGGGCUUUGCGAUGAGGGCAUGCUCAUGAAUAGGAUUUCUCAGGUUUAACGAGAAUCAA